AUGGAGUAUGUAGAAGCAAAAACAUUGUUCAUGAUCAAAGAUGAUUUGAACAUUGAAUACAAAAAAAAAGUUUUCAAAGAUAUUGCAGAGGCAAAAAGGUUACUGCACAAAAAUCAAUUGGUAUUUGGUGAUCUAAGAUCAACAAACAUUCUUGUAACUGACAUGGAAUCUUCAUCUCCUCAGGGGAUGUUGGUAGAUUUUGACUGGGGUGGAAAAGAAGGUGAAGCAUGGUAUCCAACUCUCCAGAAUACAAGAGAUAUUAUAUGGCCCAUAGGUGUGGGGCCUGACGAAUAUUUAAUGAUGGAGCAUGAUAAUGUUCUCUAUUCAUGGUUGGAGGUUGAAUAUGGAUCAUGUGAAUUGAAGGAUGUGUUGCAACCUGAACAAUAUGGCAAAAAAUGUGGUUUUCCUGUUGUUGAUUAUGCUGGAAUAAAUAGUAUGAAGAAAAAAAACAUUUUAUCAGAUCUUGUUAAAUCAUUCUGUGACUUGAAUAAUUUUAAAUUGCCAAGUGACCCAAAAGUUCUAGAAACUAUUCUUCUCCAACCAUUUUGUAUAAAGAUCCCUAUUGAAUCUGAAGUAUAUGAGCAAUGGAAAAGGGAAAUAAUUGACAUCAAUAUUGAUGAUUAUUUUGUUAAUGGUGAUCUAUCAGGUUCUACAGCAGCUGAAUUUAGUGCAGAGUGUGUACAUGCUCUUUCUAGAAGAAUGGAAGGUUCAGAAUUUCGUCUUAUCAGCAAAUUUGAUAAUAUUGUUAUCAAUAUUUGGGAAACUUUAAAGACAUAUCAAUCUUUAGCUAUUGACAUUAACCGAAAUGUUAAAGAUCCAUCAGGGAUUACAAUUGAUUCUUUACAACCAGAUGUACUUGUAUGGGUUCAAGAUGCAUUGGUUUUCAAAGCAGAAAAAAAGAAGGAUGGUAAUUUUAGUGUAGUAAUGGAGGAAUUAAGGGAUAAAAUGAAGGAUUGGAAUUUGGUAUCAUGUGGAAAUCUUCCUUAUAUUCUCUCAUAUGGUGCAGUAAAGGAAAAUCUUCAAUUCUUUGCCAUUACUAAAGAUUCCAAUUUGAUGUCAAUUUCACCUCGCUAUAAUAUUUCUACAUUUGCUGGUGGUUAA